GGGUUUAUUAUUUAUAAAGAAUUACUUGAAAAUGGUUACAGCAAAUGAAAACUGUACAUUUUGUCACCUUCAAAAUACAACUUUAUUCUAUGAAGAUGAUGAGUUUAUUGCAUUUAAGGAUAUUAGGCCUGCCACUAAACAUCACUAUCUAGUCAUACCAAGGAUGCAUAUGAAAAAUGUUUCAUCAUUAAAGAAGAAAGAUAUUUUAAUAGUUAAGAAGAUGGUAGAAAUUGGUCAAAGUAUUUUAGAAAAAGAAUCUGCAAGUAUUGAAAAUGUUAGGUUUGGUUUUCAUUUGCCACCUUUCAAUAGUAUUGCUCACUUGCAUUUACAUGUUAUAUCUUCUGUAGAUGAAAUGGGUUUUUUAAGUAGACUAAUAUUCAGACCUGAUUCUUAUUGGUUCAUGACAGCUAAUACUUUGUUGGAACGUUUAGAAAAGAUGGAUGAACAAUGAUGACAGUUCAUUGGAUGAGGGAAUGUUUUGAUAAUACAUGUAUUUUUUUCCUUUAAGAGUUGUGUUCCUAUUUAUUAAAUAUAUUUUUUACUAUA